AUAUCUUCCCUUGCGCGUGCCCAGGCUACGCUCGAGGGCUUCGUCACGCCCGGCGGCUACGCCGGCGCCGGCGCCGGCGCUGCCUCCUGUGGCUACCGUGGCAUGUACGGCCCGAUCCCAUCUAGACCUCGGAACGGAAAGUCGGAAACCCCUCUUCUCGUCUUUGCUGUCGUCUGGACCAACUUCCCCCUCGAACGGCUCAGCUUUGGAACGAAACCACCUCCCCAACCGGCGAUGUCGCCUCCAUCCAAAUUUCGGCACUGCCGGUCGUGAGGCGGGUCAAUCUCGAUCGGAUUCCGCCGCCCGAACAGCGCGACGCGAUGGCAGCGCCGAGCGUUGAGAUCAGCUCCGUCCAGGACCUCCUCCCGUUCCUCCCGAGCGUCCCCGUCACGUACCGCUUCGAGAGGCACAGUGCCACGCUCGAGGGCUUCGUCACCGCUGGCCGCUACGCCUGCGCCUGCGCCGCCUCCGUCUCCUGCGGCUACCACCGCAAGGUGCUGUCGGCGCUGCAGUUCGAGAAGCACGCGGGAGUGGUGUCGAGGAACCAGAACGGCCGCAUCUUCCUCCGCAACGGCAAAUCGCGCUACGACCUCUUCCAGGCGCUCAGGAACGUGCCUGCCGAGGCGUUCCCUGAGGAGUUUCGGGCGGCUGGGGUGUCCAUGACUGUGUACUCCGCGGAAGCGUCGCCUGCGCCGCAGGGGCCGCGUCAGGAGCAGCAGCCGGGCGCGACGGCGAGCUGGGAGACGAAUGGGGUUCAGGUUGACGGCGUGACGGCGGAACCCCUUUCGGCGCCGACGCGGGAGGACGUGGAGAUGCUGACCGAGGAGGAGAAGGCCAGCUUGUGUCUACUUGGUUUGAGGGGAAGUGGUUCAGCCACUAAUUUGGAUCCUAUGUGUGGGGUUGAAGGGCCUUCUGCUGAAGAGAUCAAGGAUGGGCCUUCUGCUGAAGAGAUCAAGGAUGCAGCAGGUGGUGACCAUGCAAUGCUUGAUGCUGAAGAGAUAAGAAAUGGAGCUGGUGAGCAACCUAGGUAUUAUAGUUUGUCGACAAUCACUCCUGUUAAAGUGCGGGUGACAGAAACAAAGUAUCAGCUAGAAAGUUACCUUAAGGAUGUUAGAGGAUUGCUGUCCACUGGGCUUCUUGAAGGUUUCAAGGUGACCUACAAGAAAAAUGAGGUGGAGAAAAUUGGACGAAUAAAUGGACAAGGGUAUUCUUGUGGCUGCUCGGAAUGUGGUUACAGUAGCCAGAUUUUGAAUGCAUGCGAGUUUGAGCAGCAUUCUGGUGAGUUAUCCAACAAUCAAAAUGAUCACAUCUUCUUGGAAACUGGGAUUUCUCUCUAUAGGGUGGUGAAAGCACUGAAACAUUAUAAACUUAACGUGCUUGGGGAAUUUAUUGAAGAAACAAUUGGUUUCCCUCCUAAUAUGAUUGAGUAUAACAAGUGGAAAGCUUCAUUUCAAAAGAGGAAAGAUGAUUUAGAUGCUGUGGCUUCAGAUCAUUGUUCAACUCAAAGUUCACGGGGGUCAGUUGUGGGGGAGAUAGGUUGUAGUUUGACAGACUACUUGAAAGAAUCUGCCAGCAGUAGCAUUUCAAACCUGAAUUGGAGUGCAUUCAGGCGGCGGUCUGAGAGACAGUUGAAACGAGAAGGCACUGAGACUUCAACUCCAACGAUGAGUGGAAGCCCUGAGAAAGGAAUUUCUGACCUCUGUACUGGCACAUCAAAGAAGGACACUAAAAAACCUCCUAGUGAGAACACGGCAGGUCCUCUCAGCAUCGAUGGUGUAAAGCCUAAUUCUCCAGGACCUAUUGUGGUUAUACCUGACUAUUCAAAACAUGAUCCCAUAAAUUUAGGGAUUUCUUUAUCAAGUCCAGCAACAAUCACUCAAGAGCUUCCCUCAGACCACAGCAUAGGCUCAAAGUCAAAAGAACCAAAAACGAGGGAUACUACUUUGCAUCCGCUGCUUUUCAAGGAGGGUGGCCUUCCAGAUAAUACUCUUUUGACUUACAAGCUGAAGAACGGAGAGGCUCUAAAGCAAGGGCAUAAGCGGGGGACAGGUAUAGUAUGUGAUUGCUGCAAUGAAGAGUUUACUCCUUCACACUUUGAAGAACACGCUGGCAUGGGGAGAAGACGGCAACCGUAUCGUAACAUUUAUACUUCGGAAGGAUUAACACUUCAUAAGCUAGCACUGCAAUUGCAAGAUCGUUUGAAUUCAGAUGGAAUCAGCAACAUAACUUUUUCUGGCGUUGAUGACUACCCUAACUUUACUUCUUCAGGUUUUGGGAAAGAAUCUUCUACCACCAGUGGACCUAUUGUUCCCCUGAAAAGAACAUUACAAGAGAGAGUGGUCGAAACAGAGAGCUGCUAUUUAUGUGGAGAUGGCCGCACCACGAUUGGAAAUAUCGAUCCAGACAUGAUUGUCUUCUGCAACCAGUGUGAGAGACCAUGCCAUGUGAAGUGUUACAACAAUGGACUCAAAAAAAGGAAGGGGGCUCUGAAAGUUUUGGAAGAAUAUAUGCAAUUUCGCUUCUUGUGCUGUGAAAAAUGCCAAUUGCUUCGUGCCCGUCUAGGCGAAGGACUGGAAAAGUGUGAAGAGAUUGCCUUCCUCAGACAAAUAAGGUCCAACAUUUGUUGGCGAAUUUUAAGUGGAAUGAACACGAGCAGCAAUGUACACCACUACAUGCCUCAGGUCAUUGAUAUCUUCAAAGAUGCAUUUGCAGAAACUACUGCCGAGCACAGUGAUGUCAUAGCAGAUAUGGUUAACGCAAAAGAUGUAGAUGGAGAGAAGGAUUUUCGAGGAAUGUAUUGUGCAGCAUUAACUGUAAGUGCACAUGUUGUGUCUGCUGCAAUUCUGAAAGUGCGUACAGAAGAACUUGCAGAACUGGUUCUUAUUGCUACUCGUCGUGAGUGCAGGAAGAAGGGCUACUUUGUACUUCUCCUAAAGUCAAUCGAGGAACGUUUGAGGACCUGGAACAUAAACUUACUUACGGUGCCUGUUGAUCCUGAAAUGGCGCCAAUCUGGUCUGAGAAGCUUGGGUUCACCAUUUUAUCAGCUGAAGAGAAGAAGUCAAUGCUGGAGAGGCACCCCUUGGUGAUGUUCGAGAACCUAAUCUUGGUGCAGAAAUCACUUGCUUGAGCAAAUAUAAUCUUAUGUUGUUUAUACUAUUUCAAAAAGGGAAAUCGUUCUCCAUGGAAGAGAAGUUCUGUGUAGCUUAGUCUUGGAGAUGAUUCAGAUUGCUACCUUUGUAGAAAGUAGAGAUUGGAGACGUAAGUUUUCUGUUUAAUUUUUUUGUAACUUCUAUAGAACCUAAAUGAGUACUCACUCGCUGAGUCGGUUGCUGGGGCGCUGGGCGUCAUUUGCCAAUUGCCACACAUGUUUCCAGCCUGGUGUGAUGGCAGCAGGUGCCCUCACCUGUCAUGUCCCAGUGCUCCCAGAUGCUUUGCUUCUCUGACAUGUAAAGGCAGUUCAGCCCUCGAAUUUAUUUUCGCUGUCUAGCCAUGCCCUCC